UCACUAACAAAAGUAUCUUCCUCAUUUUCAAGCUGAUCAAUUCCAUGGCCUCGAGCUUUUCUCCCAUCGGCUCCAUUGCUAAAAGGCUAGAGGGCAAAAUUGCAAUCAUAACAGGCGGCGCUAGUGGAAUUGAUGAAGCCACAGCAAGACUUUUCAUCAAACACGGAGCAAAAGUAGUAAUUGCAGACGUCCAAGACGAUCUUGGCCAAUCCAUCAUUGAAAAAGUAGGUGAAAAGGGAGCUGUUUCCUACAUACACUGCGAUGUAAAAGUAGAAAAAGACGUCGAAAAUGCAGUGGACAUAGCAGUUUCCAAGUACGGGAAACUUGACAUUAUGUUCAGCAACGCUGGAAUUCCAGGAAAAUUAUCUGGUUCCACCAUCUUAGAAUCUGACUACGAAAAUUUCAAAGCUGUAUUUGAUGUGAAUGUCUUUGGGGCACUAAUGUGUGCAAAACAUGCGGCGCGUGUGAUGAUUCCAGCUAAGAAAGGUAGCAUUCUUUUCACUUCCAGUGUUGCUUCAGUGACUUACGGCGAUGUCUCUCACACGUAUUCUGCGUCAAAGCACGCAGUAGUUGGGAUUGCCAAGAAUUUGGGUGUAGAAUUAGGACAAUUUGGAAUUAGAGUAUAUUGUGUUUCUCCAUUUGGUGUGGCAACUCCUACGUUGCUGAAUUGUUUGGGUAUUAAGGAGAAGGAAAAGGCCGAGGAAUUUGUGUCUGAAAUUGCAAACCUCAAAGGAACGAUGUUGGAGGCUGAGGAUGUUGCAGAAGCAGCAUUGUAUCUUGCUAGUGAUGAAUCUAAGUACAUAAGUGGGAUGAAUCUUGUGAUUGAUGGUGGAUAUAGUACCACUAAUAUUGCUCUCAAAGAAGGCAUUAUAAGGAGGAUGGCGUCUUGGUCAAUGAAUUAAUUCUCUAUUUAGACCAAAAGAUUGGGGCGUUUUUCUUUACAUGUUGUUUGGAUGGCGGUGAUACAUAUUGUAUUGUUUUUUUUUUAAAAGACAGCGCUGUUGGGUUUUUGUAUUUAAUAUAUAUUAAAUACAUAAAAGAGGAU